AUGAGCGUCCUCCUUACUACGGCGGGGUAUGAUCAUACCAUCCGCUUCUGGGAGGCCCUGUCUGGCAUUUGCUCCCGCACUAUUCAGCACCCGGACUCGCAGGUCAAUCGACUCUGCAUCACCCCUGACAAGAAGUACCUCGCCGUUGCGGGUCACCACAAUGUCAAGCUGUUUGACGCCAAGUCGAGCAACCCCAAUCCCUUGAUGACUUUCGAGGGUCACUCCGGUAAUGUCACUGGAGUCGCAUUCCACUGUGAGGGCAAGUGGAUGGUCACUAGUUCCGAGGACUGUUCCAUCAAGGUCUGGGAUGUCCGCAGCGGCAGCCUUCAGCGUGACUACAGACACGAUUUCCCCGUCAAUGACGUUGUCAUCCAUCCUAACCAGGCCGAGCUUAUCAGUGGUGAUCGUGGUGGCAAUGUUCGUGUUUGGGACUUGGGUGAGAGCAAGUGCAUUCACCAGCUGGAACCCGAAGAAAACAGCUCUGUUACGAGUGUCAGUGUCGCGACCGAUGGAUCGCUGCUGUGUGCUGGAAGCAAGAAGGGAAACGUCUACAUUUGGCGCAUGGUUCAGACCGAAGAAAAGGCAUUGAUGGUCCCCAUCGCCACCUUCAAUGCUCACAUGGACUACCUCACUCGCGUCCUCCUAUCGCCCGAUGUCAAGCACCUGGCCACCUGCUCAGCCGACCACACCGCCAAGGUGUGGAACCUUGACCCCGAGUACCCGCCGGCCAAGACCGCCCUCAAGGAGUGGAAGGAGAAGCAGGAGAGGCAGGCGCAGGCGGGCUCUGCGGAGAACCAGGACGAGGCCGCCCCGGCUGAUGCCCAGAGCGGGGGUAACGACCUCCUGCGCAUCUUCGACCCGAACCGUCACCUGCUGCGCUUGACGGAUAACGCGCCACGAGAGGAGACCACGCAGCAGACAUUCGCUGCGCAGCCCGAUGGUCCGCCCAUGGACCCGGUCAACAACACCCUCUUCCUCGAGACCACCCUGGCUGGCCACCAGCGGUGGGUCUGGGACUGCGCCUUCUCGGCCGACUCGGCGUACUUGGUGACGGUGUCGAGCGACCAUUACGCCCGUCUGUGGGAGCUCAGUACUGGCACUAUCAUCCGCCAGUACAGCGGCCACCACCGGGGCGCGGUGUGCGUCGCGCUUAACGACUACUCGGAGCCUCGCUGA